AUGAAGAUCUCGCUCUCAAACAAGUCCGCCUGGAUCACCGGCGGCGGUGAAGGCAUCGGCCGGGCGAUCGCGCUCCGGUUUGCCGAGUGCGGCGCGCGGGUGGCUUUGACGGCGCGUGACAAGGACGAACUCGACAGCGUGGCGGAUGAGAUACGCCAAGCUGGUGGUGAGGCGAUCAGUGUGGUCGCCGAUGUGACCAAACAUGACGAGGUCGGCGCUGCUGUGAGGCAGAUCGUUGACCGGUGGGGACAACUCGAUAUGGUGGUCGUCAACGCCGGUACGAAUGGGACGUGGGCGCCCAUCGAUGAGCUCAGCUAUGACGAAUGGGCGCAGACCGUCGCGGUGAAUCUCACCGGCGCUUACUCGACCAUCCAUCACGCCGUGCCGCACCUCAAGGCCCGUGGGGGCUCGAUUCUCAUCGUGUCGUCGAUCAAUGGCACACGCGUCUUUAGCAACACCGGCGCCACGGCGUACGCGACAACCAAAGCGGCGCAACUGGCGAUGGGGCAGAUGCUUGCCCUGGAGCUCGCGCCGGCGAAGAUUCGUGUCAACGUCCUCUGCCCCGGCGCGUUUAACACCCAGAUCCAUGAGAAGACCGAGCGGCAUCACCUCGACGCUAUCAAGUCGCGCGUCGAGUACCCCGAGGGCGAGGUCCCGCUGACGCACGGCGACAUGGGCGACCCCGAGCAGGUCGCCAACCUGGCCGCGUUCCUCGCCAGCGACGCCGCCGCCCACAUCACCGGCACGCCCGUCUGGAUCGACGGCGGCCAAUACCGAUAUUUCAUCGUGACCGAUCAACCCAAGCCUCUCGCCUCGCCGCCCGGUGAAACGCCGAUCCAGACCCCUGACUGGGUAAAGCACGCGGUCUUCUACCAGGUCUUUCCCGAUCGCUUCGCGCGGAGCUCGCGCAUCAAGCACCUGCCGGGGCUCAAGUUCAAGCCGUGGGGGAGCGAGUCGAUCCACGACGGCUUUCAGGGGGGCGACCUGCUGGGCGUCGUCGAUAAGCUUGGGUACCUAGAAGAGCUGGGCGUCAACGCGAUCUACCUGACGCCGAUCUUUACGUCGGCCUCGACGCACCGCUAUCACACCUACGACUACCUUGAGGUCGAUCCGCUGCUGGGCGGCGACGACGCGCUGCGUGAACUGAUCGACAAGGCCCACGAGCGCGACAUGCGCAUCGUGCUCGACGGCGUGUUCAACCACACCGGCCGCGGCUUCUGGCCCUUCCACCACAUCCUCGAGAACGGCGGCAACUCGCCGUACAUCGACUGGUUUACGGUCCACGAGUGGCCGCUCCAGCCCUAUCCCACCGAAAAGGACGUUCCGCCGAACUACUCCUGCUGGUGGAACUUGCCCGCGCUGCCGAAGCUCAACACCAAUAAUCCCGCCGUCCGUGAGUACCUCUACGAGGUCGCGCGGCACUGGGUCAAGUUUGGCAUCGACGGCUGGCGUCUCGACGUGCCGCACGAGAUCGACGACGACGACUUCUGGCGCACCUUCCGCCAGGUCGUGAAGUCGGAGAACCCCGACGCCUAUAUCUGCGGCGAAAUCUGGAGCGAGGCGCGCCGCUGGCUCCAGGGGGAUCAGUUCGACGCGGUGAUGAACUAUCUCUUCACCGGCCCGGCGAUCAGUUUCUUCGCCGCCGAGACAUACCGCAAUGACUACAUCCACCCGCACCUUCCCUUCGAGCCGAUCGAAGCCGACAGGUUCGCGUCGCUGAUCGACCGGAUGUACGGCUACUACGACUGGGAGAUCAACUUCGCCCAGAUGAACAUGCUCGACAGCCACGACAUGGCGCGGGCGAAGUGGAUCACGCAAGACGACUCUGCCCUCAGGCUGUGCGUCCUGUUCCAGAUGACAAUGCCCGGCGCGCCGUGCAUUUACUACGGAGACGAGGUUGGCAUGACCGGCGGCCCCGACCCCGAUUGCCGGCAGGCGUUUCCGUGGCACGACGAGUCGCUAUGGGAUUACGACCUGCUGCGGUUCUAUCGCCGCGCGGUGGCGUUACGCCGGACGCACGAAUGUCUGCGUGUCGGCGAGUUGACGACGCUCCACGCCGAGGGACCGGUCUACGCGUUCAGCCGUAACCUCAAUGGCAGUCAGGCGGUGGUCGCGUUCAACACGUCGCACGAGCGUGUCCCCGUGAACCUGAAGCCCCGGCACUUGGAGGGCCCGUUCAAGCAGGUGUGGCCGCUGGAGUCGCACGAAGGGCACGAGCUAAGCGGCGACGAGUUGAGCUGCACGAUCCCGCCGCGCGACGCCGUGGUGCUGGUGAGAGGCGAAUAA